CAAAUACACCAAGAUUUGAGAUUUGGUCGAACCUCAAAGUCCACGAGACGCCCACCGGGCAUUCAUCCGGUCGAACCCUUUUCUGGUCAGUGGUCACAAGACUCAAUACUCAAACCCACCGCUAAACCGAAACAGUUAACAAUUACCACUACACUCAACUUCCGCCAUUAUUGGUUACUUCGCUUUCCCUGUUUCUUUCUUUCUUCUCACCUCAAAAGCUUCGUCCUUUUUGUCCUCUGAAUCUCCCCCAACAAAAGGGCUGUUUUGUUUCUUUGUUUUCUCGAAUUUUUUUCACUCCUAUCAAGAAUGCAAGAUCCAUCAGGCUCGAAGCCAUUCCAAACGGCGCCGUUUCCCUCCGCAUUCCGGCAAUCGCACCACCGGAGGGCUCACUCCGAGGUCAACUUCCGGCUGCCGGAGGAUCUGGAUCUGGCCGCCGACCCCUUCGACGCCGCGCCGGCCGGGAGCUUCGAAUCCGAGGACGAUUUCUUCUCUACUUACAUGGACAUCGAGAAGCUCGGCGGCUCCGGAUCCGGCGCCGCCGCCGCGGUGGAGAGCGGCGGCGAUGGGGUGAAGAGCUCGAGCCGGCCGCGGCAUCGCCAUAGCAACUCCGUGGAUAGCUCCGGCUUACUGCUUGGCGACAAUGGCGCCAUUGAAGCUAAGAAAGCUAUGGCGCCUGAUAAAUUGGCUGAGCUUUGGACCAUUGAUCCCAAAAGGGCAAAAAGAAUUCUGGCAAAUAGGCAAUCUGCUGCUCGAUCGAAAGAGCGCAAGGCGCAUUACAUAACUGAGCUUGAGAGGAAAGUUCAGACCCUUCAAACAGAAGCAACCACUCUUUCUGCACAGCUCACCCUAUUCCAGAGGGAUACAACUGGUCUUACUAAUGAGAACACUGAGCUUAAGCUCCGUUUGCAAGCGAUGGAACAACAGGCUCAAUUACGUGAUGCUUUAAACGAAGCACUGAAGCAGGAGGUUGAGAGACUCAGAAUAGCGACUGGUGAAAUGGCAGCCCCGUCUGAUGCAUACAAUUUGGGAAUGCAACAUAUUCCUUAUAACCAAUCGACCUUGUUUUCUUCGCAUCAACCUCAAUCAGGCCCAAGCGACUCCCAGAAUAUGCAAAUGCCACAGUACCAUCCUCUCGGGCCCAACAUAUCCACGCCCCAUCACCCCAUCUUUACAGCAAACCACGCCCAGGCUCUCCCGCACACACUGCACCAGGACCCUCUCGGUCGCUUCCAGGGUCUCGAUAUCAAUAGCAGGGGCUCCCAUCUCAUCAAGACCGAAGUUCCUACCAUAUCUGCCAGCGAAAGCAGCAGUACAUUCUGAUUGCAAGCUGCUAAUUUGUGCACCGCUCCCUAUUUAUUGAAUUGUUCAUAGACUGACACCAUGUUUAACACCCUGGGAUCGAACUCACGGUUCUUCGAUUAUUUUAGAUUCUUACCUUCGACAACUCGCGUCCAUAGGUCUUCUUCAGUAGUAGUAGUAGCAGUAUGUUAUAUUAUUCUUUGAUGUUGUGGCAGUGGGUUUCUUCUCUCUCUUUUCUUUUGUUUCUUCUUUGUAUCAAUCAUGUAAUACUCAACUCAUUGUUGAACUCUCAUGCAUUGUAUCAUGUGGAAGCCAUGACUAUUGUGCUGAUUAAUUCUACUGUUUAGACAAAAAAACAUCUAUCUUUACUAAA